AAAAGAAAGAAAAAAAAAAGAAAAACACCUCCUCCUCUCUUCCUUCCAGCGAGCUCCACCUCCAGCCAGCCAUAGCCAUCCCCUUCUCCGAUUCGAUCGCUCGCCGUCGCCGCGGGGCCAAUCCGAUCCCGCCGCUCGCCGGCGAUCCGGUUCGAGCCGCCGGAAGGGAGGCGAUCAUGAGGAAGCGGGAGCGGGAGAACCCGUGCGGGAUCUGCGGGCACUACCACAAGUACGAGCUCGGGGAGGUGUGCGGGGUGUGCGGCCACCGCCCGCCGGCGUCGGCGGGGGCUCAGGCGGCGGCGGGGGCGGCGCAGGCGGCGGCGCCGAGGCAGGACUCGGCGUUCCCGUCGGAGAUCCUCAAGGACUUCCUCUUCCUCGGCAGCUACGACAACGCCUCCCGCUCCGAGCUGCUCAAGACCAUCGGCAUCUCCCACAUCCUCAAUACUGUACCCUUAUGCCAAAACCUUUACCGAAAUUCGUUCACGUACCACUGCCUUCAAGACGAGAAGACUUUGCAGUUUGAUGAUGCAAUCCAAUUUUUAGAACAGUGCGAAAGAGAUAAAGCACGUGUUCUAGUCCAUUGCAUGUCAGGGAAAAGUAGAUCAGCAGCAUUUGUGAUAGCCUUCUUGAUGAAGACCAAAGGCUGGAGACUUUCCCAGUGUUUCCAAUGGGUGAAAGAAAGAAGACCACAAGUGCAAUUGGCUGAUGCGGCGCAGCGGCAACUGAUCGAAUAUGAACAGAAGCUUUUCAAUUCCACUGUUGGCAUUCCAGCUCAGGCUUUUGUUCCAACAGAUGCGUUCCCUUCACUUGGAUUUGGUUUCCCAAAACCGUCAGGAGACAUCCAGGUGCCUAUCUUUAACCAGCAGGCUCCAGCAUCCAUCUUUGAGCGUGUAAGCCCACACAACAUCCCUAGCAAUUUCACAUUUGGGGCUGAAAGAACUACUGAAGUGAAGCUCCCAGAUAACAAUAGCUUUGGUGUUGUCAACUCAUCUGGGGGCGAUAGCAUGAUGGACAGCUCCUAGUAUGUUUUGCAUUGAUACAAAAGGAAUCAACUCCGAAUUUAGUCAGAUUUCUCGGGAUGUUUUAGAUUUCUGAGAAGGAAAGUUGCAUUUUUUGUACAAGGAUUUCAAGCGUUUUGACCAUUGCAGUUCUGCGUUUUAACAAACAUGUAUGUGCUUUUUCAUCGAACUUUUCAAGUGUAAUUCAAGUUAACUGAAAUUACGCUGGAAAGCUCAAGUAAAAGCUAUGCAUGUGUUUUUGUUGAAACGUAGAAAUGUAGUCGUCAAGAAUGCUGUAACACCCAGAAAUAUUACUCCCACGGCUGCAAGAUGAACUGAGAAAUCUGGAAAAUACACACAUGGUUUGUUUGUUUGUAUCUUGGCAGUUGUUGAUAUACUAGCUUGAGUCCCUUGCUUACA